UCCCCAGGUACGGCUAAUUGCAACAAAGAUAUACAUGCAUAUAUAUAUAUUUAUGUAAGUUCUUAAUUGCUAGCUAACUUCAUCAUCAAGAGCUCUGCACCUUAAACAUCAGUACGUAUAAUUUCUUUCUAGCAAUAAUAUUCAGGCUAGCUAAAAGGAUGGACCCGACCAGCUCCAUGGAUUCUUAUUAUGAUCCUACAGAUCAAAACAUGGAUGUCGCUUUUGCUUAUAGCUUCGGAUUCUCCCUUGUCAUCAUCGCUGUUAUCAUAAUGAUGGCCGUGGCUUCUUACUACUGCACCCACAAGUAUUCAGGCUCUGAAACUUCUAACGGCAACGUCUCCCUUACCACCACCGGAGAUAUUAGUAGCUCCCGCUCCGUGGUUAUCGAAGUUAUUGGCCUUGACGAAGCCGCUCUUCAUAGGUUCCCGAAGUUGCUUUACUCCCAGACCAAACUCAACAAGGCUGGUGACUCUAGUACUGCUUCUGCCUGCUGCUCCAUAUGUUUGGCGGAUUAUCGAGACACUGAUUUGCUUAGGCUGUUGCCUGAUUGUGGCCACCUUUUCCAUCGGAAAUGUGUGGAUCCAUGGUUGCGGCUGCAUCCUACUUGUCCCGUCUGUCGGAACUUUCCAGCGCCGACUCCUCUUGCUAAGGUGGCUCCCUUGGCUGUGCAACAAGAUCAACACAUGUAAAUUCAAAGUAAGAGAGAGAGAUAAAUAAUCACAAUGGGUUUUAUGUAUUACAAGAAAAUGAUCAUUUGUGGCAAAUUAUAUGUUAUGAAAAUCAUUAUUUACGAUCAAAAUAGAUUCAUUUUGUUAGA